CUGCACUCUACGUGUCCUGCGUUUAUGUAAGUGAAAAUGUCAACCUCGUUCAUUUCAAGACAUACAAGGUUACCGGUUCCUCUUGAUGAGGAACACAUCUUCCCUCAACCUGAAGCUUCUCAGAGAACAUUGUUUGACUUGCAGAGGAGUGCUGUGGACGAAGUGUUGAAGAGCGAGACCGGUCACCUAGACCUCUUCCUCUGUUUUCUUCUGGGCGUCUCACUGGAGACCAAUCAGAUCCUCUUGAAAAGCCUUGAGCUCCAGACGGAGGGAGACACAGAGAGCAUCCAGAAGACCAUCCAGUACAUCAAGGAUAAGCUCUCACCUGGCAACCAUGGCAACCAGGUUUUUAUAGUCUUUUUGAAGCAGUACUCCUCGGAGCAGUGUUUCAAUCUCCUUCUCUGUUUGAUGGAGUUGAACAAUAACUCGCCGGUGGAGGAAAUUCAAAGUCGGACUGAGAGGAAGUUGACCCCUGGUCAGUGUUCAGCGCUGGCCUACAUGCUUCUGAUGUCAGAGGAGGUGCUGGGUGAAUUUAACAUGAGAAAAUACAGUACAACACUAGAGGGUGGUAGGAGACUGGUCCCGGUAGGUAGACACUGCAGGAAGGCUAUGGAAGUUCAGGGUGAAUUUAACCUGAGAAAAUACAGUACAACACUAGAGGGUGGUAGGAGACUGGUCCCGGUAGGUAAACACUGCAGGAAGGCUAUGGAAGUUCAGGAGGACUGCUCCCUCACAACCAGAUGCUGGGUUAUUGUUGCAUCAGCUCUCCAGCUGCCUGGCUCACACAUGAGAGAGCUGGACAUCAGUCACCACGUCAUGAUUGACUCACACCUAAAGCUCCUCUCUUCUGGACUGAGGAGUCCCAACUGCAGACUGGAGUUUACGGAUCUGAGCUACGUCGACACGGAGAAGUCAGGGCUCGAUCUCUUGACUUCUGCACUGGGGGAAUCGCUGCACAGUCAACUGCACACGCUAAGACUUGUCCGAUGUGAGGUCACUUCCUGUGGAAGUCUGUCCCUUGCUCUAGCAGCCUCCCAGCUGGAGGAACUGCAUCUGAGCUGCAACACCCUGGGAGACAUGGGACUGAAGCGUCUCUCUGCUGGACUGGAGGAUCCACACUGUCAGAUACAGACUCUUAAACUGAGGCAGUGUAAUCUAUCUGAGUUAUCCUGUGAGCCCCUGGCUUCUGUCCUGUGUUCAAACUCCACCCUGAGAGAGCUGGACCUGAGAGACAACAACUUGGGGGAUUCAGGAGUGGAGCUCCUCUCUGCUGUACUGGGGGACCCUCGCUGUGCCUCGCAGGUUUUGGGGCUGUCUGGUUGUCUGGUCACAGAGGAAGGCUGUGCUUCUCUGGCUUCAGUUCUGAGGCCAAACCCCUCCCACCUGAGAGAACUGGACCUGAGCUUCAAUCACCCAGGAGACUCUGGAGUGAAGCUGCUCUCUGAUAGACUGAAGAAACUCAUGUAA